AUGGGCUCGUUACCAACACCAUCCCAUGAGGGCACCGCAUACUCUCGCCCAUCGCCAGCGCAGGCAGCAGCUGAUGCCAUCCCCAUCUUGGUGGAUGAUACAUAUCAUGUCUUUCAUCUCACAACUCCUCCUUUCACGCAGCAUCAUCCGCCGCGACUGCGAUCCUGCUGGUCGAGAAUCAGGUCCCAGAAUCUGGUGGAUUGGACUCGAGACUCACAGCCUGUGCUGAAACCGGGAGCAAGACCUUCGGAUCCCGACGCUGAUGGAGUAUGGACCGGCGCUGCUGUACAUGGCCCUGACGGCAACAUGAACAUCUUCUACACCGGCUACAACCUCUCUCAGAAUGGUAAACAGGUCAUAUUGCGCACCAAGUCCAAGGACCGGCAUGGCGCCCAGUUCGAAAGUCAGGGAACAGUCAUCGCCAUCCAAGGAGACAUGUCGCAAUUCGAGGACAUUGACUUUCGCGACCCGUAUGUAUUCUUCAAUGAUGCCGAAUCGCGGUACUGGAUGCUGGUCGCGACCAGAUUGAGAAACGGCCCUCAUUGGAGCCGUGGGUGCAUCGCUCUCCUGACCUCGUCUAACCUCGACGACUGGACGCUAGAUGCAGAACCGCUGUACUCUCCAAACGACAUGUUCUGCCCCGAGUGUCCAGAGCUCUUCACCCUCCCAAGCAGCGGCAAGUGGUAUCUGGUGUAUUCGCGCUUCCACGCUCCCAACGCGGGCACCGUAUAUCGCGUCGCCGACAGCCCAAGAGGGCCCUUUAGGGUGCCGCGUGAUGGGUCGAACGGCCGCCUGGAUGGCCGUCGAUGGUACGCAGCCAAGUCGUGUCCCAGGGCUGGGAACCCUGAUCAAAGGCUGUACUUUGGCUGGCUUGGUGACUUUGUCGAUGAGCAAGGAAAGUGGCUCUGGGGAGGGGACUUGGGCGUGCCACGGCAGGUGUCCGCUGAUUCGCAAGGAUGGCUGCGCGUGGACAUGGCGCCCGAGUACCGCCAUGCCCUAAGAGAGGCAGCUGAGCCUCUCGAGAAGGUGUCAGGGCGAGGAACCCUACUUCUCGAGUCUAGCGGGUCGACCAGGACCAGCUUCCCCAAACUCACUGCCGACAUGGAACAGGAUGAUCUGCUGAUCACCUUCAACGUGCAGACCAAGGAAGCGCAUUCCUUUGGCCUACUUCUGCAGGCCGACGAGAGCGACAAGGCGUUUAGACUCAGCAUCGCGGCAAAUGCGCACGACAGUUUGUGCAGUGUCGCGUUGAUGACGGACUUCCCUCCUCUGGAUGACUUUUGGGCGGAUCAGUACCAGCUUCAUCUGCCGCGCCCCAUUGACGGCCCGGAGCUCGUCAGGCAUGACGGCCUCGAUCUUGAGGGUGGCAUCAGUGUGUUGUUGCGCGCGCGCUUGGUCGAGGUGUUUGGUGGUGGAAGAUCGCUCAGCUUCAGGCUACCUGCGCCACGCGCGGACGGGGGAAAGACGAGGAGAUUUGGUUGGUUUGUAGAGGAUGGCGCGGUGGCCUUUGAAGAAAUCGCCGUGCAUAGGAUCAGGCCGGGGCAGCUGUAA